CCGAUAUGUCCACGAUGGAUGUAUUUGUAGAGUCCGCUCGACCCCUUCGCGUGGAGCCGCCCCUUCCGUUUACAUCGCAGGCCCCUGUCCAUCUUGGCGCAGGCCCUCGGGUCUUUUCGAUCCCCUGCUCUAGCUCUCCCUUAUGGAGCUGAGGGACUGCGAGGAGUUGCUCAAGGUGUUGGACUCGUGCCUGUCGCGCAUCAAAUGGCGCCUGAGACCUUUGGCGAGGCGUCGUCUCGAGACGGAUAUCCUGGCUUUGUGCACGAGACUGAGACCUGUGGUAUUGGUGGACUAUGAUGGAAUUAUGCCCAAACUUCAAGAGAAUCUAUCUGCACUUUUAUUUCUUGCUCAGAAGGAAUCAAAUGAUUUACAAUAUUUGAGAAUAAUGAUCUUAGAUGACAUGGCUUACAUCAUUCAUGUCAAAGAACUUGCUGAGCAUGUCUUAUCAAGUCUCAGCUCAGAGCAGCAGCUAACUCUUCUGGAUCUUGAGCAGUAUCCUAUGAAGAUCCUUUCACCAAGAGAAGAGAAUGAAGUUGCAUCAGACUUUGUCUUAAUCCAAAAGCUACUUUCAUCGGCCUUUCCUGUUGAAGUUGAAAAAGGCCACAUGCCUGGUGUGCUUCCUUCCUUGGGAAAACCAGGAGUGGAGACUUCACAUCUAAAUGCUGUUGGUCUUGCUAAUUUAAGCGGGCAUUCUGCUCCUCAACCUGCUGAUGUUAUUGAUCUUAGCAGCUUUCUACAAGAUGUAAGGGUCACCUUACCUUCUCUGAACGGGUGGCUUCUUGGUUAUCCUGUUACGUAUUUGUUCAGCAAGGAGCAUGCUGAAAAAGCUUCAUACAAUCUUUCCACCAAGUCUCUUCGUAUAUUCAAAAUUUUUAUUUGCAGAAAAACAUCUGGUUCUCAACUCUAUGAAAAUGAACUAAUGAGUUUUACGGUGCCCUGCGAUAUGAGUCAGAGACUGGAUAAAGAGCCAUGGAUCGAAGCAUUUCUCGUUCGGUUGUCAGAAAAACUUCGAAGAUGCGAGCAGAUCUGGGCAUCAAUGCGGUUGGAGAUGGAGGUAAAGGAAAGCCAUCAGCAGUCAGUAGUUCUGUAGAAUUGAUCACAUGUCUGUUGCUCUUUCAAGGAGUUGCAUGGCUUCAAAUACUCACCGGUGAGGGGAGUGAUUACUCUAGAUGCAUUGCAAAUUUUGGUAUUUUAUGCAGUGUACAACUAUAUAUUCUGAUAGUAAACAACAUCGUCUAGAAUAUUGUAUC